GAAUACUCCGCUACUCUCUUCCUGUGUUACCGCCCUUGGGCUGAGUAAGGAAUCAAGCUCUGAAGACAUCGCUUUCAUUGGGGAGACUGGUGUUAUUUGGAGAUUCCCCAUCUAGGUCCCAUUAGCCUCAGGUAGCCCCUCCCUGGUCUGGAGCAGUGAACCCGAGAAGGAACAGUGUGGCUGUGGUCUGCUGCAAGCUAUAGCUGGCACCAUGGCAUUGUCGUUCAAGAAAGACCUAGAAAAGUACAAGGAUCUCGACGAAGAUGAGAUCCUCAACAAACUGUCGGCGGAAGAGCUCAAACAGCUGGAGACAGCCCUCGAGGAGAUGGAUCCUGAGAAUGCUCUUCUCCCAGCGGGUUUACGUCAGAAGGACCAGACAAGCAAGACCGCUACAGGACCAUUUGACAGGGAACGUCUGCUCAAAUACCUGGAGAAGGAAGCCAUGGAGCACAAGGACAGGGAGGAUAUAGUUCCCUUCACUGGCGAGAAAAAAGGUAAAAUAUUUGUUCCCAAGCAGAAACCAAUAGAAACACGCCAGGAAGAAGUCACAACCCUCGAUCCAGAAUUAGAGGAGGCCCUGUCCAGUGCCACAGACACAGAACUGUGUGAUCUAGCAGCAAUCCUGGGUGUUCACACGCUGGUCACUAGUAGUCAGACGUAUGAUGGGACUGGAGCUAAAGAGGGUUACAACAAUGUGAUCAAAGGGGAGAAGAUGAAUCCAGUGUUUGAUGAGCCUCCAAAUCCCACUAAUGUAGAAGAAACCCUUCAGAGGAUAAAAAGCAACGACAGCUCCUUAACAGAGGUCAACCUCAACAACAUUAAGAACAUUCCCAUUCCCACCCUGAAGGACUUCGCCAAAGCCAUGGAGAAAAACACGCACGUCAAGAAGUUCAGCCUGGCAGCAACACGGAGUAAUGACCCAAUCGCUGUGGCAUUCAGCGAAAUGCUACGGGAGAACAAGACGUUGCGAAGCUUGAACUUGGAGUCCAACUUCAUUACCGGGGCUGGGGUGCAGGCUUUGGUGGAUGCAUUGCGAGACAAUGACACGCUCACAGAGAUCAAGAUAGACAACCAGAGGCAGCAGCUGGGUACUACUAUAGAGAUGGAGAUAGCUAAAAUGUUGGAAGAGAACAACAGCAUAGUCAAGUUUGGCUACCACUUCACCCAGCAAGGACCUCGCUCCAGGGCCGCUGCAGCUAUCACAAAGAACAACGACCUGGUCCGCAGGAAGCGAGUGGAGGGGGAUCUGUAGGGACGGAGCCCAUCCUGACUCCCGGCCAAUCCUGUGUUUUCAUCUCACCUUGUGGAAUAAUUUCAGCCAAUGCCCUGGUCUCAUCUCACUGUGUGGAAACUUUAGUCUUGUGCCAAACUGUGGGGCAAGGCGCGCUCAACCAGAACAUACAUCUGAGAAGAAGGGAAAUAACUGGAAUUCUCCCUCUCCCAUACAUAUGUUCAUACUUUUGUUUAUUAUAUUUUGUUGUUUUUGAAGGUGUAAAUCUGAUUAGUUUUUAGUCAUUUCAUUUCAGCUGCUCCCUUUUUUGAGCCUUUAUUUGAUCUGUCCAGACUUUUUACUUCCUUUUUUUCCUUUUAUACUACGCUAUAAUCAAUUGAAAUAACCAUAAACAUUACCAAGUAACAGAAACAACAAUAACAGCUUCGUAAAAAUGAUAACUAACAAUGAGUAAGCCCUGAAUCCUCUACCAUGAUAGUUUGCUAUUGAGGCUUAAGCUUCCAGUGGAGUCCCUGUAUUGGACCAGCAGAACGAUAGGAAGUAGUUCAGAGGCCAUGACUACUAGCCUGCAAACUCUGCCUGCUUAUACUGCUGUCUGUCACCAUGUAACAGCCAGCAGCGUGGUGAAGUAAUACUGAGAUCACUGUCAUGAGCAGUGUGGUUUGCAGGUGUUGUUUAUUGGAGUUGCCUUGUAAAGCAAGCAUGAACGUCAGGCUGGUGUGUGUAAUGGUUGGUGUGUGCAAGAGGUCUCUUCAUUAGCGCUGGCCUUAUAUAGUAGUCAGUCUGAGAAGAUGCUUGACUUGAAAGUCUGCUAAAAACAUCAUACUGUUGGCUCAUACCCUCAUAUAAUACUGUAUGUACCAGCGCAUCAUGUUUUAUAUUGCUUUAUUCUAACUAAAGAUCUUGUUUUGAUACGGUUCCAAUUCUGAUACUGGUUAUUCUGAUCACUUUUAUGUGUUAACAUAAUUCUAACUAGGUUUUGGUCUUUCAGAUCAAGUAAAAGUGGGAUAAUACUGUAGAAAAAACAGGAAAUUAACUCAUUUCUAGACAUAAGAGGCUUUGACCUGCUCUCACAAAUAAUUUUGUGUAAUAAUUUGUGCUCAAUAUGUUGGGUUUCUGUGAUGCUUACCCAUGCCAAAGACUAACACAUGCAGUGCUUAAAGUAUCAAUAUUGGACUCAGUGGUUAUUGGUUCAGGUUUUGACUUUGUCAGCUACAGUCACUUCCUCGCAGUACAGAUCUGGGAAAGUCUGUGGGUUAACAACAACGAUUUAGACUUUAGAUUUUUUUAAGGUUUUACCAUGCAGUUACAUUCCAUUUUGUGGGCCAGUUAUAGAAAAAUGUUCAGCAAGUAGUUGACCAAGAUGUGAGAAAGAGUCGGCAAACAGUUGUUGUGUGAAACUUCUCAGUUUUACUGCUCAGGUUGCAACUACUUGUGAAAUGUUUCUAUGAACAACACCUCUCAGAAAGUCGUGCAGAUCUUAAAUUUUUACUUCUCCUGCUUCCUCGCACAAACAUUUUCACUCGGCUUGCAGCAGCAUCUGAGCAGUAGCAUGUCAUUCAUUAUGUAACAGAUGACAACAUGCUGUGUGUGCCUCAAAGUGAACUUCCUUAGGUACACUUAACCUGCUUGAGAUGGGAAUAACAGGACUAAUUCAGGAGUUACUUGAAACUUGUAUAUAUACUGUUUAUGUGUAAUAGGAACAAUAUGCUGGCAUGAAGUCAUCACUUGUGAACAUCAUGUUUCUAUCGACCAAAAAUGUUCUUUGAUCUUAACAGCCUCACAUCCUGGGACAAGAGUUGUAUGUAUGUAUGUACUUCUCCCAUGACCAUAUCUGCUAGUAUUUUUUCUUUUUUACAUUACUGUGCUUUGCCGGUGGACAGUCAGUUAAAGUGGAAAACUGCUUCUUUUCUUGGGCUUGUUAAUAAUAUUCUGUGAUUCAUAAUAUUUUAUGUAUAUUAACUGUAAAAUGCCAUCUCAAAUUCAAAGUGCACACGCACACACACACACAUUUGCACACUUGUAUGUGUGUACCACGUAAAUCUACACAACUCACUGCUGAAAAUUUUUUGUACCUAAAAUCAAAACCCAGGUGUAGACUCUGCAUAAGGAAUAUGUACUAUUAUAAAACCACAAGACUGGUAAAACGCACUGCUGAAUAUAAGACAUCCUCAACAAUAAAUGUUUUUACAUACUUA